GAACAUAACUCACCAAAUCUUCAUCACUUUCUCAACAAUGCACCUUUAGUUGUUGUCUUGUCACAAACCUUUCUUUGAUGAGUGUAUCACUUUCCUCAAACGCAGUACCAAAUCAUUCUAAUGCAUUGAUUGGUGUGUGGUCUAAAGUAUGGUCCACAACGUGCUCUCUUUGACAUUUUCUCCCGCAUUUGGUUUCAUAAUGAACAUGUCUUUUUAUUUCUCUCAUUGUGUUUCAAUCUAAGCUGAAAAACAAGACCAAGAAACUCACUGAAAAAGAGUUCAAGUAGGUUUACUAGUAAUAAACCUUCUUCCACCUUUUUCAUUCAUGGGGAAGAUUGCAACACAGCCUCUACCUCGAAUGGCUUCCAAUUAUGAUGAGGUUUUCAUGCAUCAAACCUUGCUCUUUGAUGAUAGUCUAACGGAUUUAAAAAAUCUUAGAACACAAUUGUACUCAGCAGCUGAAUAUUUUGAACUCUCAUACACCAAUGAUGACCAAAAACAAAUAUUGGUUGAAACAUUGAAGGAUUAUGCCGUCAAAGCUCUUAUAAAUACUGUGGAUCAUUUAGGUUCUGUGGCCUAUAAAGUAAGUGACUUGUUAGAUGAGAAGGUAACCGAAGUUUUUGGAGAAGAUCUGCGUUUAUCAUGUAUCGAACAGAGAAUAAAGACAUGUCAAGGUUUUAUGGAUCAUGAGGGGCAUACACAGCAGUCUCUAGUGAUCAGUACUCCAAAACAUCACAAGCGUUAUAUUUUGCCAGUUGGGGAGACCUUGCAUGGUACCAACUCAACAAAAUCAAAAUAUAUAGGAUGCCACCUAGAUGAUGAAGAUGAUUGGCAUCACUUCAGGAAUGCUGUUCGCGCUACAAUAAGAGAAACGCCAACGUCUACCUCGAGUAAAGGGAAUUCUCCAUCACCUUCUUUACAACCUCAGAGAGUUGGAGCUUUUUCAUUCACUUCACCCAACAUGGCCAAAAAGGAUUUAGAGAAGCGGACAGUUUCGCCACACAGGUUUCCACUUUCGCGUACCGGAUCAAUGUCAAGUAGAUCAACAACACCAAAGACUGGUAGAUCAACUACUCCAAACUCAAGCAACAGAGCCACAACAAGUCCUUCAAAUGCAAGAGUAAGGUAUCCUUCGGAGCCGCGCAAAUCAGCUUCAAUGCGACUAUCUUCUGAUGUAAACAACAUCAGAGAUAUUGACCAGCAUCCUAGUAAAAGUAAACGUCUUCUUAAGUCCUUACUUAGCAGGCGCAAGUCUAAGAAGGAUGACACGUUAUACACGUACUUGGACGAAUAUUGACGAUAGUUUAAUACAAUUGCCUAUAGAAUGCAAGGGAAAGAGUUUACAAAGAACAGAAACUGUACAAAGGGUUUCGGGUUUUGUUCUAUGUAGCACUAAGACUUCAGAUUGAAGGUGUGUUUGGCGUCUGACAUUGAUAUGACAUCAAGACAUGUGGUUACAUUCAGCCACUUCCAUUUUCUUCAAUUAUUAUUGUCAGUGUUAGUGUUGUGUUUGAUGUUCGUGUCGGAUUGUGUUAUAUAGGUUUUGCUUGCCUGCUUUUCCCAUAUUAUUGAAUAUCUUGCACCUCUUUGUUUCUUAUUUUCUUAUAUUUUAAUGUUCAUUUUUUUAUGAUUUGGAAUGAACAUAUAUAUAGUAAUUUUGUUUUU